CGGGCCUCGGGUGUUAAACAUGGCUGAAGCGCCGUUGCUGCCGUUACUGCCGCUGAGUGGAAAAUGCUGAGCCCUCCCGGGCCGGGUGGGCGGCGGCGGCGGCGAGGGCGGCGACGGGGACCCGCUUCCCAGGCGCGGCGGCGGCGGCCAUGGCCCGGCUGGCUGACUACUUCAUUGUGGUAGGCUACGACCACGAGAAGCCAGGGCCAGGAGAAGGUCUGGGGAAAAUAAUCCAGAGAUUUCCACUGCAGGACUGGGAUGAUACACCUUUUCCACAGGGAAUUGAAUUGUUUUGUCAGCCUGGUGGAUGGCACCUAUCCAGAGAGCGGAAGCAGCCAACAUUCUUUGUGGUGGUCCUGACAGAUAUUGAUUCAGAUCGACAUUACUGCUCAUGCCUAACCUUCUACGAGGCAGAGAUCAAUCUCCAGGGCACAAAGAAAGAAGAGAUCAAAGGAGAAGUAUCUGGUUUAAUUCAGCCUGCAGAAGUGUUUGCCCCCAAAAGCCUGGUAUUGGUAUCCAGAUUAGACUAUCCAGAAAUUUUUAGGGCUUGCCUGGGUUUGAUCUACACUGUGUAUGUGGACAGCCUGAGUGUCUCCUUAGAAAGUCUCAUUGCAAAUCUUUGUGCUUGCCUUGUCCCAGCUGCUGGAGGGUCUCAGAAGCUGUUUUCCUUGGGUGCAGGAGACAGACAGCUGAUCCAGACUCCUUUGCAUGACAGUCUUCCUAUCACAGGCACCAGCGUGGCUCUUUUGUUUCAGCAAUUAGGAAUUCAAAAUGUCCUCAGUCUCUUUUGUGCAGUCCUUACAGAAAAUAAAGUUCUCUUCCAUUCUGCAAGUUUCCAGAGACUUAGCGAUGCCUGUAGAGCCCUGGAAUCUUUGAUGUUUCCUCUUAAAUACAGUUAUCCUUAUAUUCCUAUUCUUCCGGCUCAACUACUAGAAGUUCUCAGUUCUCCAACACCUUUUAUUAUUGGAGUACAUUCCAUCUUUAAAACUGAUAUUCAUGAACUUUUAGAUGUAAUUAUAGCAGAUUUGGAUGGAGGGACUAUUAAAAUUCCUGAAUGUAUUCACCUCUCUUCCCUCCCGGAGCCACUUCUUCAUCAGACUCAAGCAGCUCUUUCUUUGAUUUUGCACCCUGAUUUGGAAGUAGCAGAUCAUGCCUUCCCUCCUCCACGAACAGCUUUAUCCCACUCAAAAAUGCUGGAUAAAGAAGUACGAGCAGUUUUCCUUAGGUUCUUUGCACAACUUUUCCAAGGAUAUAGAUCAUGCCUACAACUUAUAAGAAUUCAUGCUGAACCAGUAAUACAUUUUCACAAAACGGCUUUCUUGGGUCAGCGUGGUUUGGUUGAGAAUGAUUUCCUCACUAAAGUCCUCAAUGGAAUGGCAUUUGCAGGCUUUGUUUCAGAAAGAGGCCCUCCCUAUAGGGCCUGUGAUCUCUUUGAUGAGUUGGUAGCCUUUGAAGUUGAGAGAAUUAAAGUUGAGGAAAGUAACCCACUGAAGAUGAUAAAGCACAUUCGAGAACUAGCUGAACAACUAUUCAAAAAUGAGAAUCCAAACCCUCAUAUGGCAUUCCAGAAAGUUCCACGCCCAACAGAAGGAUCCCACUUGAGAGUUCAUAUUCUUCCUUUCCCAAAGAUUAAUGAAGCCCGAGUUCAAGAAUUGAUACAGGAAAAUCUUGUGAAGAAUCAAAAUGCACCUCCUGCAGCACGAGUUGAAAAGAAAUGUAUAGUGCCAGCAGGCCCACCUGUUGUUUCAAUAAUGGAUAAAGUGACGACAGUUUUCAACAGUGCACAGAGACUGGAAGUUGUUAGAAACUGCAUCUCAUUUAUAUUUGAAAAUAAAACUUUGGAGACUGAAAAGACCCUUCCCGCUGCCUUGAGGGCCCUUAAAGGAAAAGCAGCUAGACAGUGUCUCACUGAUGAACUGGGUUUACAUGUCCAACAAAACCGGGCAAUACUGGACCAUCAGCAGUUUGACUACAUAAUAAGGAUGAUGAAUUGUACUCUACAGGAUUGUUCAAGUUUAGAAGAAUAUAAUAUUGCUGCAGCCUUACUCCCUUUGACCAGCGCUUUCUAUAGGAAACUUGCCCCUGGAGUCAGCCAGUUUGCUUACACCUGUGUACAGGACCACCCCAUUUGGACAAAUCAGCAGUUUUGGGAGACAACCUUUUACAAUGCAGUACAGGAACAGGUUCGCUGCCUUUAUCUCUCAGCAAAGGAGGACAAUCGUGCCCUAUAUCUGAAGCAAAAGGAUAAGGUUCCCAAUGACCAGUAUCAGGAGAGGACAGCAAUGGACCUGGCAGCUGAGCAGCUGCGCCUUUGGCCUACUCUGAGCAAAUCAACUCAGCAGGAGCUGGUGCAGCAUGAAGAAAGCACUGUCUUCAGUCAGGCUAUUCACUUUGCAAACCUCAUGGUUAACUUACUAGUUCCACUAGACACAAGUAAAAACAAGCUUCUGAGAGCAUCAGCACCAGGAGACUGGGAAAGUGGGAGCAACAGCAUUGUCACAAACAGCAUUGCAGGAAGUGUAGCUGAAAGCUAUGACACAGAGAGUGGGUUUGAAGAUUCUGAAAACAAUGACAUCACCAACUCUGUUGUGAGGUUCAUUACCCGAUUUAUUGACAAAGUUUGUACAGAGAGUGGAGUUACUCAGGAUCACAUCAAGAGUCUUCACUGUAUGAUACCAGGAAUUGUAGCUAUGCACAUUGAGACCCUAGAGGCAGUACAUCGAGAGAGUAGAAGACUUCCACCCAUCCAGAAGCCCAAGAUUCUCAGACCAGCUCUGCUGCCAGGAGAAGAAAUUGUUUGUGAAGGUCUUCGAGUCCUACUGGAUCCUGAUGGCAGGGAAGAAGCCACUGGAGGUCUUCUUGGAGGCCCUCAGCUCCUACCAGCAGAAGGUGCCUUGUUCCUCACUACAUACAGAAUUCUCUUCAGAGGGACGCCUCAUGACCAGCUAGUUGGUGAGCAGACAGUAGUACGAAGCUUACCCAUUGCCUCCAUCACCAAGGAGAAGAAGAUCACGAUGCAGAACCAGCUGCAGCAGAGCAUGCAGGAAGGGCUGCAGAUCGCAUCAGCAUCUUUUCAGUUGAUUAAAGUAGCAUUUGAUGAAGAAGUCAGUCCUGAAGUGGUAGAGAUCUUUAAGAAACAGCUGAUGAAGUUCCGUUAUCCUCAGUCCAUUUUCAGCACCUUCGCGUUUGCUGCAGGACAGACUACCCCGCAAAUCAUUUUACCCAAACAGAAGGAAAAGAAUACCUCUUUUAGAACUUUUUCGAAAACAAUUGUAAAAGGUGCCAAAAGGGCAGGGAAGAUGACAAUUGGGCGGCAGUACCUGCUGAAGAAGAGGACAGGAGCAAUCUCAGAAGAGAGGGUGAACCGCCCUGGGUGGAACGAAGAGGAUGACAUGUCUGUUUCAGAUGACAGUGAACUCCCUACAAGCACAACUCUGAAGGCCUCAGAGAAAUCUACAAUGGAACAGCUGGUAGAGAAAGCUUGUUUCAGAGACUAUCAGCGUUUAGGUUUGGGAACCAUAAGUGGCAACUCCUCCCGCUCAAAACCAGAGUAUUUCCGAAUCACUGCUUCCAAUAGGCUGUAUUCACUGUGCCGGAGCUAUCCUGGCCUUUUAGUCAUACCUCAGGCUAUACAAGACAGUAGUUUACCAAGAGUAGCCCGCUGCUAUCGACACAAUCGCCUGCCCGUUGUAUGUUGGAAGAACUCAAGAAGUGGUACUCUGCUCCUCCGAUCUGGAGGAUUCCAUGGGAAGGGAGUUGUUGGUCUUUUCAAAUCUCAAAACUCCCCUCAAGCUGUUUCUACCUCCUCUUUAGAAUCUUCCAGUAGCAUAGAACAAGAAAAAUACUUGCAGGCGUUAUUAAAUGCAGUUACUGUCCAUCAGAAACUCAGAGGCAACAAUACCCUUGCCAUCAGGCCAGCACUUGCUCUAUCUCCAGGGACUGAAAGGAGGACUUCAAGAAUGUCCACUGUGCUUAAGCAGGUAGUGCCAGGACAUUUGGAUGUAAACCCAUCCAAUAGCUUUGCUCGAGGAGGCGUAUGGGCAAGUCUUCGUUCCAGCACUCGCUUGAUCAGCUCUCCAACAUCCUUCAUUGAUGUUGGUGCACGGCUGGCAGGCAAGGAUCACUCAACCUCCUUCAGUAACAGCGCUUAUCUACAAAACCAGCUCUUGAAAAGACAAGCGGCCCUUUAUAUAUUUGGUGAAAAGUCACAGCUAAGGAGCUUCAAGGUAGAGUUUGCUUUAAAUUGUGAGUUUGUUCCUGUUGAAUUUCAUGAAAUCCGACAAGUAAAAGCCAGUUUUAAGAAGCUGAUGAGGGCUUGUAUCCCAAGCACCAUCCCUACGGACUCAGACGUGACAUUCCUGAAGGCCCUGGGAGACUCUGAGUGGUUCCCACAGCUUCACAGGAUAAUGCAGCUGGCUGUGGUUGUGUCAGAAGUACUUGAGAAUGGAUCUUCGGUUUUAGUGUGUUUGGAAGAAGGCUGGGACAUCACUACACAAGUGACAUCCCUGGUGCAGUUACUCAGUGAUCCCUUUUAUAGGACAAUUGAAGGCUUCCGGAUGCUGGUUGAAAAAGAGUGGCUCUCCUUUGGCCAUAAAUUCAGUCAGCGGAGCAGCUUGACCCUUAACUCUCAGGGUAGUGGUUUUUCUCCAGUCUUCUUACAGUUCUUAGACUGUGUACACCAGGUUCACAGCCAAUAUCCGACUGAGUUUGAAUUCAAUCUCUACUACCUAAAAUUCUUGGCCUUCCAUUAUGUGUCUAAUCGCUUUAAAACAUUUCUCCUGGAUUCAGACUAUGAAAGAUUAGAGCAUGGAACUUUAUUUGAUGAUAAAGGAGACAAGCAUGCCAAGAAAGGAAUUUGUAUCUGGGAGUGUAUUGAUAGAAUGCACAAGAGGAGUCCGGUCUUCUUCAAUUAUUUAUAUUCACCAGUGGAAACAGAGGCACUGAAGCCCAAUGUAAAUGUCUCCAACCUCAAGAAGUGGGAUUAUUACAUAGAGGAGACUCUGUCUACAGGACCUUCAUAUGACUGGAUGAUGCUGACCCCCAAACAUUUCCCCUCUGAGGAGCCUGAUGUGGGUGGAGGAGCCAGGCCCCAGAGCCAGAGGAGAACAGUGUGGCCCUGCUAUGACGAUGUCAGCUGUACUCAGCCUGAUGCUCUCACCAGCCUUUUCAGCGAAAUUGAAAAAUUGGAGCAUAAAUUGAACCAAACCCCUGAGAAAUGGCAUCAGCUAUGGGAAAAGGUAACCAUGGACCUCAAGGAAGAGCCAAGAACAAACCAUUCCCAAAGAUACCCACUGGGGUCCCCAGGAAUUGUGUCUACCAACGUGCCUUCCUAUCAGAAGAGGUCUGUGCUACACCCUCCAGACAGCACUGGUGAAGAUCAGAAUGCCACCGUCACCCCAUCCAAUGGGGUAGAGCACAGGGCAGCCACACUCUACAGCCAGUAUACAUCCAGGAGCGAUGAGAACAGAUCCUUUGAGGGAACACUCUACAAAAGAGGAGCGUUGCUGAAAGGUUGGAAACCCCGUUGGUUCGUUUUAGAUGUAACAAAACAUCAGCUUCGAUACUAUGACUCAGGUGAGGACACAAGUUGUAAAGGCCACAUCGAUCUGGCUGAAGUAGAAAUGGUUAUCCCUGCUGGCCCCAGCAUGGGAGCCCCAAAGCAUACAAGUGACAAGGCUUUCUUUGAUCUCAAGACCAGCAAGCGUGUGUAUAACUUCUGUGCCCAGGAUGGACAGAGUGCCCAGCAAUGGAUGGACAGGAUCCAGAACUGUAUCUCUGAUGCCUGAUGAUCAUGGUCAACCCAAACAGAAGAGGUAGAGAAACUUGUGCUGCCAUACAGAAAAAUGGCAUGAAUCCUUGAGAAAAUGUGUCAUCCUAGGGCCUGGGGUUCUGCCUAGGCUUACCCUGCUGCUCGUGCAGCAGUUGCUGUAUGUACCUAACCUGAAUGAGUGUUUCACACAGGUCUGGGUUCACCCAGACCCUCCCUGUAUCUUGCACUGAAUUGUUCUAACAGGGUCUUAGUGGUUAGGGAUCAGAAGAAGGCUACUGAACCUCCUGUCAUCAUCCCCUAGGCAAAAUGACCACCUGAGUCCUUCCUUAUGAAGGUCCUUUUGGUUCUCCAAGGCCAUAAUUUCCUUAGCUUUGAACAAGCAAAAAUUCAAACCUUCCAAAUCCUACAUAGGUUUCCCAUCAGACACGCCUACUGUUACUGCCUGACCAUUAAGAUGCUUGGUUCUCUGGUCCUGCCAAAAGGUGCUUCUAUGGUCCUUGUCUUGCCAGUGAGAUUCACAAUCAGCAAGACAUCAUAGAUCAGUGGCAGGCAAAAGGGGCAUGAACAGGAUUCUUGUGAAAAAAAGCAACAAUGAUGCAACAAUGCCUGGGCCAGUGCAAGAAAGCAUUGCUUUCAAAUGCCAGUCUCCAGACCAGAGACCCUCUGAGGACAGAGAGCCUGUGUUCCUGUGUUCUGCUCCCUGACAGCUUCUUAUCCAAUGUAACAUGCGAAAAGUCGAAUGCACUAACCACAAAGCACUUGCACUGAACUCCUAAUCAAGUGAAGAAAUUGGAAAGACCAAGACAGCUGCUUGCCACCACACACCUGGGUUGCACUGUGGCACAGCCAGAUAACCUGAAAACACUUCUGCACAGGAGAAGAACAAACUAUUCUAGAUUCUCCCAGGUACAGUAACCUUGUUUGCUUAGCCUAAAACCCAAGGAUGUUGUUUGCAUACAGUGAACAAGAACAGCUUUCUACCCCAGCUAUUGCUGCCAACCUGGGCCCAGGUGGUUAGACUGUUGCAUUUGUUUUGAAAUGUUAAUAUAUGUUAAAUACAAAACUAAUGUCUCAAAAAUAUGUAUAUAUGAUUUCUAUAUCCUGGUUUUUCAGAUAGUUUGCUUAUAAUUUAAUAUAAAAUUAACUAAAUUCAUUCAUAAGAUUUCAGUAAUAAAAGAGUGCCCCCUUUUUAAAUAAUAAAAAAACUUUGUAGAUUAAAAAUAAAUCAGAUUUUCAAAUUUUAAAUUACCUACACACUAGAAAAUAGAACUGUGUUAAUACAUAAGAAAUUGGGGAAGAAUGAAGGAUUUUUUUAUCAUAUUCAUUUUAUAAAUUUGCCACCUGUGAAAAUGGUUUUUGCACAUUAUUUGUAUUUUUCUUUGUAUAUGAAAUAAUUUUUUGUACUUUGUAAAAUACAGAGCCCGUUGUACCUGGCGCUGUUUGAAGACUACACAGUGCUUCUUUUGUAACUGGAUUCUUUAACUUUCAUGAAGGCAUUAUGUGCCCGACGCUCACUAACAGCCUUGGAUUAAAU